AUGUCGUUUUUCGGAAUCGGAAGGGGAAAUCAGUCUGUGAACCCUCAAAACAUUGCUUUGGCUGAGCAAGAAGUUGAAUUAAGUGUGGAGAUUUUCAACAGAAUGGUGUCUUCUUGCCAUAAAAAGUGUAUCGCUACACCCUACAAGGAAGCCGAGUUGACCAAAGGUGAAAGCGUUUGUAUUGACCGCUGCGUCGCCAAGUACUUUGACACUAGCAAGGUUCUAGGUGAGCACAUGAAGAAAAUUGGUGAACAAAAUGCCCCCCCUCAGUAA